AUGCCGCCGCUUGCGCUGGCAAACUUGACCCUACGCCCGUUAUUAUCCGAAGUAGUGCGCAGUGGUUCUUCGACGUAUCAUCAAUUGGAAAGCGUGCCGCCGAGCUGGCUGAAGGAAUCAAGAUUGGUAGCGAAGAUUCUGCCCGUUAUUAUCCGAAGUAGUGCGCAGUGGUUCUUCGACGUAUCAUCAAUUGGAAAGCGUGCCGCCGAGCUGGCUGAAGGAAUCAAGAUUGGUAGCGAAGAUUCUGGUCAGUUUGUCUUACACUCUGCUGACUUCGCAUGGGAAGUGACCGGUACAGCUGGACAUCUGUCAAAUACGUUGCGCCGAAUGGUGUCAUCCCGACCAUCAUGGUGUAUCUCACGCCAACGCGUCUGGGGAACGCCCAUUCCAGCUCUUAUAGAUGGAAACGAAGUGGCGUAUAUUUCCGAAGAAUUGGUGGAACUUGUGGCCGAUUUUGUUGACCAGUACGGGCCUGACAUCUGGUGGACAUGUUCGCUUGAGGAUUUGUUGACAAAGGAGGUGUUGAAGUCCCUCAACCUUUCGUCGGCUGAGGGCCUGUCAAAAGGUACAGAUAUAAUGGAUGUAUGGAUGGACAGUGGAGUUGCGUGGCAUUGUGCCAGAAAAGCAUACGAUGACGCUGACGCUACUUUAGCGUUCAAGAUCGGUUCUAAAGACUGGAAGACCCUGCAGCGAUGGAAGGCCUGCUUAGGCAAUGGAGCUGGUCAUACUAGCCGUGUAAACCACAUGCCUCAUGUCUAG